CGGAUGCUCCUGCUGUGAGAAUAAUGAAGAACCUUCGGGUUUGUGGGGAUUCCCAUGAGAGUCUUAAGCUUAUUUCUCGGGUCUAUGGGAGAGAAGUUAUGGUAAGGGAUCGAAGUAGGUUUCAUCACUUCAGAUAUGGGUCAUGUUCUUGUUUGGAUUACUGGUAAAUUGGCGGUGUUAAUCGGAUUUCUCACUGUAUUUCUAAACAUCUCAGUUUCUGGGAGUAUUGAGCUGGAGGUGACACAGGAAGAUAUCUUUAGAUUGUGCCAAUGACCGAUAAGGGUAUGGAGGCGAGCAUAUUUCAGAGUUUUGUGAAUCACUCUCUCGUCUCAUAAAUUGGUUUUGCGAAGUUGUGGAAGUAGCAGAUGAUGAAUUAGUAGCUCAAAAAAAUUAUCCUCUUAGCAUAGUUAGUAAAAUACGGUACGGGAAAGUUACGUGUAUAACAUACGUACGGAUAUUUUACUCUCUAAGCUAAUUUUACGUUUAAUAGUAUGUUAAUAAUAAUAAAUAUAUCAUAAUUAAUUAUUUUAAAAAUAAAUAAAUAAAUAAUAGUAAAGUUAACAAUUUAAUUCAUUAAAUAUGGAUAUUAAACGUGUUAUACGGGUUUUAUACGUGUUUAGUAUGGGAGCUAUCAAAUGAACGGAAAGAAAUGAAACGGCUUGACAAAAAUACGGAUACAAAAAUUUAAAACGAAUAAAAUACGUACAGGUACAUAUAUGUGUAUUAAAUGGAGUAUUUACUAAUUAUGCCACUUAGUUAUUGGAUUUGCUAGUAAAAGAAAGUUAAUAGUAUUUUGUACCCUCUAUUAUUUGUAAAUUAACAAAUGUAGCUUUCCGUCCAAUUAUCCGUUAAACAACCGUUUAAUGAGCUGAGAAUUUAUCUAACUGCCCCUCAUUUACGGCUAAUUUGAUUUAAAUUGUUUUAUGUCCCAACUCAAUUAUAAAAAAAAAAAAAAAAAAACUAAGCCCCUCCACUCACGACCCUUCGGUCUCCCUGAAGCCUCCCGAGAAGUCUCCCCUACCGAUAAAUGCUCCGCCCGAGGCCUACCCCCUCAAUAUCGUCGGCGGCUGGAGCAGAAAGUACCGGGGACGCGAAUGGGGUUCGAACGAUAGUGCAGAAACCCUUGCGAUGUUGUAUGUCUACGAUCUUACCCAUGUCACCAAUUACGGUUUCAGGAUUUUCCAUUCCGGCAUUGAAGUUCAUCGAAAGGAGUAUUGGAGCACAUGGCUUCCAAAUUAGUGGAUAUUUUUAAGUCAAGCCAAGAAACUGACCCGAUUACAUUUACAGAUGUUUCAUCCCAUUAUUUUCACAAAUGGUGCAAGAAAGAAAAUCCCAGGCUUUGUAAAGCGGUGAGAAGCUAGGAGUAGCUGAUAUACCCGCAAACAACGUUUUCUCUAUUAUGAGACAAUCCAAGUACCACAUCGGUAAUACAAGAGAAAGAACCCUUGUAUAUUAGUGUCCACCAAGCUCAUUAGUACGAGGCCUUUUGGGGAGGACAUCCAAGAGUAAAACUGAGGGCUUGGCCCAAAGCGGACAAUAUCUCGUACUAAUUGAGUGGCCCUGCGUUUGUCUGGCGGGUCAAAGGUGAUUCGCGUCUGUUUGGUGCAUCCAGGAGAGAUCCACGUUUGAUUUGAGAAGCAAAUAAAAAGAGAGUUCUACUUUUGGUAAAGUCCUUGUACCGAGAAGCCCAUCGAUACAAGGUGUCUGGCGGAUCAAGAUAAUCGCCGAGGUGAGGACACGAAGUUCGUGGUCCUUGUCUUGAGGGGAGGAUUGUUAUGGGACAAUCCAAGUACCACAUCGGUAACGCAAGGGAAGGAACCCUUGUAUAUUAGUGUCCACCAAGCUCAUUAGUACGAUGCCUUUUGGGGAGGACACCCAAGAGUAAAAUCGUGAGGGCUUGGCCCAAAGCGGACAAUAUCGUACUAAUUGAGCGACCCGGUUCGACACUCUCCAUCUGAGGCUUACAGCAAGACUCCAACUAGCACGACUGACAAUAGCUUCAAGAGUUCUGCCCUUCCAUUUGCUUGCAAAACACUACACCACUUCCUCCCACGUUUGCAGGCCAGCAACAGGAGCAAGAGUAAGCUUACAUUUUUGAACCACAAACUGCAUAAAGGGACAAGCAUAAAACAGGUGAAAGCAAUCCUCAAUCCCUCCUAGGCACAUCACACAACAGCCCGAAACAGGCUUCCCCCAAGCUAGAAGUUUAUCCAUAGUACGCAGUCUCCUAAUCACAUCUAGCCACAAUAUGAAUCCAUGUCUUGGAACCACCUCCCUACUCCAUAUCAAUUCAUACCAGGGGACAAGCGGACUACGAGGCCGUAUAGUCUCCCAAACUCUUUAACAGAGUAUCAAGGCAUGGGAGCCUCAUCCCAAAGUAGAGAAGCCCCCUGCCUAGAAAUAUGUUGCUUGAUAUCCCCUCUACAUUUCAGCAGCCGACGCCAAAUCCAAGAUCCCGCAGCCCCUGUCUUCUUUCUUUGGAUUGUGUGGCUCAUUAUAACGAAUAAUUGGAUAGAAGGGCAUAUUUGUUACGUUUUAAUAUUAUAAGGUGUGUUUGUACAAAAUUUUAAUAGAGGGGUAUAUUUGUUAAUUUACAAUAAUAGAGGUACAAAAUGCUAUUAAACCUUAAAAACAAUUAGGGGUAGUUUGCUUCAUGGAUUUAAAAACGAGGGUUUUGUAAUUUAAAAACCCAAGAAUUUAUCAAGGAUUUGAGGCAUCAUGGAUUUGUAACAAUCCUUUGUUUGUUGAGAUGUUUUUAUCAUGGAUUUAAAGGUGUGAGAUUUACUACUUGAAGUCCAAAAUUACAUUACUAUCCUUGUAUAUAUGUUUGACAUGUUUAUGAUAUGUACACAAAACAAGGACAAAACUUCAAAAUUACCUUACUAUCCUUUUCUAUAUGUUUGACAUGUUUAUGAUAUGUACACAAAACAAGGACAAUAUAUACUAAUAAGCAUAAUGUUGCCACAUGGACAAUAAUAAUAAAGGAGAAAAUUCCGUUUAACUUUUAACGUAACAUAAUCAAUUACCAAUUCUUUGUCCUCCUUUUCAAAAGUAACAUAUAACAACAUAUAUUAGAAUCGGGAGAACAAAGAAUUACACGUUCCAUGAAAAGGUCAAAGAAAACUAGAACACAAGAAAUGAUAUAAAAAAUCUAACUCAUGUUUGCACAUUAAUUGAAUGUUUAAAUUAUUCAUUUAUUGUUAAUUACUUGAUUAAUUAUAAUGUGUAAUAGUUAAAUUUGAAGACAACCUUGGAUAUUAAAAGUGCAUGAGGGUAUAUAGAUAAAAUCUCAUCAAUGAUUUAUGUCAUGUUCCAAAUUCCACAUCAACAUGUGGGAUUUAUAAGUCCGUGGGGUCCACGGGUUUGGACCCUUAAAAUCCGUGGGCCCCACGGAUUUGGUCUCCAAAAAAAGUGCAAGCAAACAAUGGAUUUUUGUUAAAUCCAUGAUGAAUUGGAUUUGGGUAUCAAAUCCAUGAUUCAAAUCCAUGAAGCAAACGAACCCUUAGCGUUUGAUAAGGGUAAUAUAUGUUUCAGGUCUAGGUUUAGUUGUUCGAAUCCACGACUUCCAUCCUAAAUUCCUAUCAUUCAAAAAUUUCAUUUUGGUAUCUGAAAUUGUUUAUAAUGACAGUUUAACACUUUAACUUUUCAAAAUUUACAUAAUGAUCCAAAAUUUGGAUGUUAUUUGGAUCCAUAAAUUCAAUCCAUCAAAUCAUAAAUCCACCUAUCUAUCAAUUAAUUACAAUCCAAUCAAAUUUAACAACUCUACUCUAAACUCUAAUGCCCACAACCACAAAACACCAAACGAGAAACACAACAAUGAGAACGACGAUUAACGUGAUGUGUCUUUGUUGAAGUGAUUGGAGUUUGGUGGAAAUUUGACUCCUCCGCUAAGUGAGAAAGCAGCCUAUCAGGCGAGUGAGAGAGUCCAAUGACAACUUGGCCUUUCAUUCCCCUCUUAGGACCCUCUGAAUCUACCUCCAAAACCAGCUAUUAUACACUUCAAAAUAAUUAAAACAGAUAAAGUGCUCAAAUUAACAAAGAAAAAGAAGCCCAGAUACAAACAAAGAAGAGAUCAAACAAACAAAGAAGAGAUCAAAUGCGCUUUCUUUUUCAAAGUAGUGGAUAAAUUUAAUCCAAAGUCCGAAGAUUCCUGGAACUAGCCCCUCUUGAAUCUCAAAUGGCUAAUUAUUGGCGGGUCUGAAUGAGGUAAAUAACUUUUAUGUUAAGUUAUCCAGCAAUUAUUCAUUUUAGAUGAGUUGCAAAUUUGCAAUCGUUCUAUAUUGAUCCGGAGGAAACAGAAGGACAUAAAUGUAAAUUUAGCAACACGUUACCUCAACUCCGUCUCACAUUGGCGUAGCCAAAAAUAUAAUUUAGUGGGGUCCAAACAAAAUGAAAUACAAAGUUUGUCUCAAUAGUAAAAUCAUUGUCUUUGGAAGAGGGGGUCCAUGGUUCUAAAUUUACUAACCACACCUUAAAAAUCCACCAUUUUUAAUGUAUAUUCAUUUUCCAAGUGGGGUCCAUGGACCCCACAUCCCCUCACCUAGCUCCGCCAAUGCCGUCUCAUCAAACUCGAAACUCUCCAUCUUCCACUUCCACUCCUUCCGUCAAAUGACUUUGAAUUUUGAAACAAAAUCUCAUGAACUAUGAAGAUAACAUCAAAACAUUCAAUUGUAGAAUUGUCCAUCAACAGGCUACAAUCUGUUCGUAGCAUCGUUCGUCAACAGACUGUAGUUUAAAUAUAUUUUCUUCUUUCACUCCUCUCUUGAAACGAAAUCUUCAAGCUUUAAAAUCUCCAAUGAAACAUCGUUGAUCAACAUGCUACAAUCCAAAUAUAUAUAUGUGCCACCAUGAAUGUAGGAGGUGGUAAAGUAUUGCAUCAUAUUAGCUCAUUGUGUCUUAGUCGUAAAAGGUGAUAAUGUUUUAUGAUAUGAUCAUACAACACUAUACCAGCUCAUACCACCAUAGUAACUCACUGAGCCUUCAUGGGAAGAGGUGGCUAUGUAUAAUGAUAUGAUCAUACCAUACGAUACCACCAUGAUAGUUCAACGUGUUAGAUGAUCGUAAUGUACUUUUUAUAUUGAUCAUACCACAAUAUACCACCCCAUACCAUUAUAAAACUUCAUGGCAAGAGAUGAUAAUGUACAUUGAUAUAAUCAUUUACUACCUUUACCACCAUUGUAGCAAUUCACUGUGUCAUGAUUUUAGGAGUUGGUAAAGUAUUUUGAGUUUUUGACAUAAUCAUCAUCCAUCCUUUGAUCGAUGAUUUUCGUUGGACUGGACCAAUAUUGGAUCCUAGGCCCAUGUCAAAGUCUCAAAGCCAGCCCUAACCAGACGAAGAUCCUCGACAAUGGCGGGCGGGUAAUGAUUUGUUUCUUGCUUGGGGCCCACCAUGUCAAACCUGUUCAAACUCAAACCACAGCCACCUCCCAACUCAAAACGUGACCAAACUCAAACUCUGUUUCAGUUCUCACAACUCACAAGUACAAAACAAAUACCUCGUACGGCAGGAGUGGGGGCAAUUUCGGGUUUCAACUCAAACAGAGCCUUGCGCCGUCUGGCUCUCGACGAGACGACGACUCUCUAAUUACGAUUUCGGUUCAUUCAUUGCACACGCGAGGCAGGCAGCAGAACAGCGAAAUGGGAUUGAGAAGUAAAGUAGCAAUUUUUGACAAGGAGCCAAAAUAGUGAACGAGAAGGUGAAACCGUCCAGGUUCAUUCCUCCUCCACCAAAUAAAAAUCCGAUCUUUACCCUAUAAAUUUCUGUCGCUCUCGGCGCUCCUGUCUAUCUUCCAACCCAGCCACUACUCUUAUUAUUAAUUCGACGAUUCCCCUCUAUUAGGUUUGAGAGAGGGGAGGAAUCAAAGAACCAGAGAAAACAAUUUCCUCCAAGUUGCAGAACCCCUGGUUCUUUCAGCUUUUCCUUCCAAUGGCUUCAAUGUCAACGAUUUUCGCUCAAACUCACUGCCCGGCACGCGCGCUUCCCAAAUCAUUCAUCACCCACUUCGCCCCGCCGCUGAAAGUUUCCUUCUUGGCGAAACCCCGGAGUAGGGCCGUCCGGGUCAGGGCCGGAUUGAUCGAGCCGGACGGCGGGAAGCUGGUGGACCUAUUCGUCGACAAGACCCAGAGGGAUGUCCGGCGGAGGGAGGCGGUGGCUCUCCCCAAGGUGAAGCUGACCAGCAUCGACCUUCAGUGGGUCCACGUGCUGAGCGAAGGAUGGGCGAGUCCCCUCCGCGGGUUCAUGAGAGAAUCCGAGUUCCUCCAAACACUUCAUUUCAACUCGCUCCGUCUUGAGGAUGGAUCGGUUGUCAACAUGUCGGUGCCGAUUGUUCUCGCCAUCGACGAUUCGCAGAAGCAGCGGAUCGCUGACUCCAAAAGGGUCGCCCUCGUUGACUCUAGCGACAAUACCAUCGCGGUUUUGAACGAUAUUGAAAUAUACAAGCACCCCAAGGAAGAAAGGAUAGCAAGAACAUGGGGAACAACUGCUCCUGGUUUACCUUAUGUUGAGCAAACCAUUACUGGUUCUGGGAACUGGCUGAUUGGUGGGGACCUAGAGGUUAUAGAACCUAUCAAGUACCAUGAUGGCCUGGAUCGGUUUCGUUUGUCACCUGCCGAGCUUCGUGAAGAAUUCGAGAGGCGGAAUGCAGAUGCUGUGUUUGCAUUCCAGCUCAGGAACCCUGUGCACAAUGGCCAUGCUUUGCUGAUGACAGAUACUCGUAAGAGGCUUCUUGACAUGGGGUACAAGAACCCAGUCCUUCUGCUCCAUCCACUUGGAGGCUACACCAAGGCUGAUGAUGUUCCGCUUAGCUGGCGAAUGAAGCAACACGAAAAGGUGCUUGAGGAUGGCGUACUUGAUCCUGAAACAACUGUGGUUUCUAUAUUCCCAUCCCCAAUGCACUAUGCUGGUCCAACUGAGGUACAGUGGCAUGCGAAAGCUCGGAUCAAUGCAGGAGCCAACUUUUACAUAGUGGGAAGGGAUCCAGCUGGAAUGAGCCACCCAGUUGAAAAAAGAGAUCUAUAUGAUGCUGACCAUGGAAAGAAGGUGCUGAGUAUGGCACCCGGGCUGGAGAGGCUGAACAUCCUUCCUUUCAAGGUUGCUGCAUAUGACAAGACACAGGGCAAAAUGGCUUUCUUCGAUCCAUCCCGUGCUCAGGACUUCCUCUUCAUAUCAGGCACCAAGAUGCGAACCCUUGCUAAGACCGGAGAGAACCCGCCUGACGGAUUCAUGUGCCCUGGCGGAUGGAAAGUUCUGGUUGAUUACUACGAAAGCUUGGCUCCUGCACAGAAUGGGAAAGUCGGUGAACCUGUUCCAGCAUAAUAGACCCACACCACUCUGGCUUCUCUGUACCAUAAUGGAUUGCCAAUUUGCCAGCAUUAGUAGAAGAAAGUUCGAAAAAUACAUUUGGAUACUUGCAUUGCAUCUGUAAAUAUUGUGCUGUGUGUGUUCAGAAUCUCUGAAUAAAGGGUGGGAGCAUUG